AUGGAGAACACCGAUAUAGAACGAUACAGCGACGCGAGGCAACACUCACGCAGCACAUCCCUUACGCCCUCUCAAGACAGUUCGGCCAUCAAGCCCCCCACCCUAGAACAGCACCACGAGCCACAACCACCAGCCUACCGGUACACACACGAAGAACCCUACCAGGACGGCCCACAGACACCACCCACCGCCAUAAUACCCACCACGCAUACCAUUGCGCCGCAAACUUCAUCAAUCUACACCCCACAAACCCACCACAUUGACCUCCCACCCCACACCCACCCUUGUACCAACGCCUCGACGCUCCCCACGCCAAACGACGACGACGACGACGACGACGACGACGUCCCCCUCGCACAGCUCUUCGUCCAUCCCGACCCACACGACCUUGGCCCGCAAGAUCUGUACCCUCUCGAAGCGCCGCCCUCGUACUCGGUCGCCAUCUGCGAUGCUCGUCACAUCCAAUCCCAGCGCGGAGUACUUGUCCACUAUGUGCGCCCCCACCACGUCUACCUACCGCGCGAGAAUUACGACGAGGAGGCAGACUGGGAUGAAAAUGGCGAUCGAGUAGACGAUGUGAGGCACGACGUGGAGAAGAUUGUGGCCAUGUUUGUCGUUGCAUUCAUGUUGCUGAUGGUGUCGGGCAUGUUGGCGUGGAUGGCGUUGGGAAGUGGCUUGUUUGCUUGA